GCGCGAACACAAUGGUGUGAUUGGCCGCGAGAUGUGCCACUGCAACAGCCGUGACGUCGUUCUUUAUAUAACAGGGAGGCGACGUCGAGCCGUUGUUGUUUUAUUAUUAGCGUUGAGAGCGUAGUGACACAAACAUGUUGUGGAAGAUUGUCCUCCCUGUUCUGGUAGCGGUUUUCACCGUCGGGUCAGGAGCCUCGAUGGUAGGGGGUUUUCGAGAUUUAGAUCCGAAUGACGAAGGCGCGCGUAAUGCCCUCAACUUUGCUGUCGUCCAACACAACAGAGGCAGCAACGAUAUGUACCUCAGCCAAGUGGCAGAAGUGGUCAAGGCUCAGAGUCAGGUGGUGGCUGGUUUGAAGUACGUAAUAACGGUGAGAAUGGCAAAGACCCCCUGCAGGAAAGACGGUGCAAAUGAUGUGUGUGCCAUCCACGAAGACCCAGCACAGGCUCAGCCUUACCUGUGCACAUUCACCGUGUGGAGCCGCCCAUGGCUGAAUGACAUCAGAUUGUUGAACGAGACUUGCUAGAAAGAGAACUACGUGGGAAAUCUUCAUUGUUUGCAGAAUAACCUUCAAAUAGAGCAAUAUGCAUUUUCCUGUCAAAUAGAAAUCAUUUAAAUGUCUGGUAUUCUAUAAGUUUCGCUUUGCCCUCUGUGCACUAGCCAAAGUCCUAUAUGAUGGGGCGGGCAGUUUUAAGGUGUUACCUGAAGUUAUUACUAUAGUUAUUUAUUUCCAAUGUGUUUUUAUUUAUUUCUUUGUCUUGUUUACUUCGUCUAAAAAAUGUUUAGUUAUGUUAAGGCUACAUGUGUGUUUUGUUGUUCUGGUUCAUGCUCAUGCCAAGUUCUUCAGUCCUGUUGGGUCUUUCAUUUACUUGUUUAACAGUUUUCUUAUCCCAAAUACACUAUACAGUGCUA